AGUGUAGCAACGUUUCCUGUUCCCCGCUCUUUCGACUCGCUCGCCAUUUUAAUACCGAGCCGAGCUCAGUCGAGGCAGUCAGAGUAGCAGCAAGCCAGCGACGUAAACAACAAAAACGGAGACGGUCUGAGGAAACCAGAUACGCAGAUUACAAUGAGUGGUUGUCGCGUCUUCAUCGGCCGCUUGAGCCCACAUGCCAGAGAGAGAGAUGUGGAGAAGUUUUUCAAGGGAUAUGGAAGGAUUCGGGAAAUCAACCUGAAGAAUGGAUUCGGCUUUGUGGAAUUUGAUGACCACAGAGAUGCAGAUGACGCUGUGUACGAGUUGAAUGGAAAGGAACUGUGCAGUGAAAGAGUCACAAUUGAGCACGCUCGCUCCAGAAGAGGAAGAGGUGGCGGUCCUGGAAUGGGACGUUUUGGCGGCGGUGGUGGUGGCGGCGGCGGUGGCUAUCGCCCAUCUCGCAGCAGUGGAUCCAGACCGGACAGGUAUGGCCCUCCUGUGCGGACCGACCAUAGACUCAUCGUAGAGAACCUCUCCUCACGGAUUAGCUGGCAGGACCUGAAAGACCUGAUGAGAAAAGCAGGUGAAGUUACCUUUGUGGACGCUCACAGACCCAACAAAAAUGAAGGAGUGGUUGAGUUUGCAUCUCGAAGUGACAUGAAGAAUGCCAUUUCCAAGCUGGAUGGGACCGAACUGAAUGGACGCAAGCUGAAAAUCUUUGAGGACAGCAGAAGGAGUCACAGCAAGAGUCGCUCUCGUUCCCGCAGCUACUCCCGCUCCAAGAGCCGUUCCAGGAGCCGCAACCGUUCCAGGAGCCGCUCCAGGUCUGUCAGUCGCACUCCAGAGAGGAAGUCAUCAGGAGGGGGCAAGGCCGCCGCCAGAUCUCCCUCAAGGUCCAAGUCUCGCUCCAAGUCCCGCUCAAAGUCUCGCUCCAGGUCUCGCUCACGUUCACCUGCUCCCGCUGAGAACAAACAGUCCCGUUCCCGCUCUCGUUCUCGGUCCCGCUCUCGGUCCCGUUCACGUUCCCGCUCCGCCUCAGCAGACAGCAAACACUGAGAUUGGUACACCUGUAGGCCGUAAAAUAGACUGAUAGUAGCUCACCAUGGGCCUGAAUGGUGGCUGGUGAUUUUCUUUUUUUUUUUAAUGAAGGGGAGAUUAUUGCCUUUUUACAUGGGUUCCUUUUGAAAUAAAAAUUGGCUUUGUUUUUUGUUAGUUUGGAUGUGCUUCCUUUGGAAAAAGAUUUAUUAUUUUCUUUCAAGAUUCUCAAGAUUAAUACACUUCCCUCUUUUAAAUCCCCCUUCAUAUUUUGAUGAAAUGCCGCGUGACAAAACAUUUUGAUCGGUGAUCGUUGUCACAGCCCUGCAGCCUCUCCCAGCUGUCUACCAUGUCAUGACUCCAUCCACUCCUCUAUGCUUCGCCUGAGUGUUGAGAGCAGUUCAAGGUUAGGUGGGAAUAAGUUUUAAUUCCCACAAAUGUUCAGUGUGUUUUUGUUUGUAAUGCGAGCUCCUGGCAUUGCCGUGAAACUGUGAUUCUGCUUCUGAUGUGGCACCGUAAAAGGUGAAAACUACACGUGUUGCAUUCGCUGCCCUGAUAUGUGAACAUACAAAUGCAAGCAUCUCAGUCGGUGGUUUAUAUCAGCUUUCUUGUGUAAUGAUGUUGGAAUCUGGCAUUAAUUCGACUGGCUCUUUAUUUUAAACACUGCUGUAGGACCUUGUCUCGUGUUAGUGAUUUAUUUUCUCUUCGUGUUUGCGUACUUGAUCUCCAGCCAUGGCCUGUGGUGUUGAGUGUCUGAACACAAAUGGAAGAAAUGUCUCUAAGUUUAUUGAUUUGAUACUAAUAAAACACUCACUGCA